AUGUAUAAAAAUGGUGACUUUGUAACUAAUGCUGAAUUUGGGAACAUUGUUCUUAAGCCUCGGAUGAUAUUUAGUGAUAAGCAACAUUUUUUGUCAGUAUUUACAAAUUACUGCAUACAAUGUGGUUUUGCAGUAGUAGUUGAUAGGAGUAGUCCAAAGAGGUUCACUGCUUCUUGUCUUGAUUUAAAUUGUGAAUGGAGAAUUCAUUCAAGCAGGCUAGUAGAUGGAGUUACUUGGGCUAUUAAGAGCAUUAAAAACUUUGAACACACUUGUAGAGGUCUUGAUGAGAGGAAUCCUUUGGUGAAUGUAAAAUGGGCAGCAGAAAAACUCAUGGAAGAUAUCAGAGCAAAUAAUGACAUAUCUGGAAAGACAUUAAAUGAACUUCUUUGGAGUAGAUACGUAGUUAAGAUGGCAACAAGUACCCUAUAUAAGACGAAAGGGGUAGCUUUGAGGGAAAUUAAUGGAGGUCAUGACAGUUCAUAUGGAUAUUUGCCCAAGUAUUGUGAGAUGGUGAAAACUACCAAUCCAAGAUCAGCAGCCUUUUGUGCAUGGACACCAGUUAAUCAGCCAAUUGUUACGCCUAUGUUCUCUAGAAUUUUCAUUUCCUUUAAGGGUGCUAUUGAUGGUCUUGCUAAAGGGUGUAGGAGCCUAAUUGGGGUUGACGGAGCUCACUUGGAAGGAAAUUUUGGUGGGGUGCUUUUGUCUGCAGUAGCCUUAGAUGAAAAUAAUGAAUUGUUUCCAUUUGCAUGGGCUAUAGUAUCUAGGAAGAUGGGAAUAGAUGUUGCAUUAACUGAUCUAUGGCCAGAAGUCGAUAGGAGAUAUUGUUCUAAGCAUUUGGUGAAAAUUUGGAAGAGUUCAUUUCCCGGACCAUUAAUCUGCUGUGAUGUUACUGUUGGUUGUUGGCCUGGUUUUGCAAAAGCAUGUUGGCUAUCUGUUGGUUGUUAG